GCUUGAGGCAUUGCUUUGUCGAGGAGGCCUAUAAAUAGCUGUGCCAAGCAGCAGCCAUGAAUGGGUUUGCGGUCUCUUACACGCUGUGUUCCACAGCAGCAUAAAAUUGCCCUUUUUUUAGAGCACCAAACAAGUUUGCUCACGCUCCUUCUCUGCUUCUUUUGCAUCUCCCCUCACCAUAUAUUUCCACCAUGACGAACCUACGCCGGUCGCGAAUCGGGUCGCUUUUCCGCUCGGUCAAGCGGGCGAUGACGACCAAGACUGGCCAGCCCAUCGCACGCCCACGGUCGCCCAACCACCUGACGCAGGCUGUCAGCCGCAUGAGCAGAAUCUUCAAUCCAGCGCUAGCCCGGCGCUCCACCCCGCUCCCCUACGACCUGAUGCACAUGAUCCUUGCUGAGCUCUGCUCCGGCAAGGGCGGACCGGCCGAGAUUCUGCAGCAGCGGCUGUGGAUAUUCCCGAUGACCCUCGUCUCGCAUGCCUGGCGGGAGGCCGCAUUGCCUGCAUUCUACCAUUCGGUGGUAUGUAUGGCGAACCGCAAUAUCGACGGCACCUUGACCUUGCAAUGGCAGCCAAAAGUGCAUUCGCAAGUAUGCUCAGGAAUGCGUAAGGCAGCUGGUUGUUAUCGUGGGCGGGCUGGGCGGGCUGGACGAUCUGACGGAGCGUCUUGAGGUGGUGCGGGGGUUUGUGAAUGUGCAGUCUCUGCAUUUGGUUUUAAACGACGGGCCGGCGGGCGGCCGGUGGAAUGCCGGCACGAAAGAGCAGAUCGCCAGCUUCAACCGCUUCCUAGCGUCAGGCAUUGCCGCGGCUCGAAGCCCUGCGGUAUUUUUCGUACGUGGACGACGCAUUCUGCCCGGUGUUUCCUCUGGAACC